CUCUUUCGAUCACUUUAUCUCUCUCUCUCUCUCUCUGAGCUCGGGGAGGCUCAUAUAGUCGUAUCUCUCUCUCUCUCUCUCUCUGAUUCAAACCCUAACACUUCACAAUCCAGCAUUAUCAGAGGAUCGCCUUCAAGUUUCAUACGCAAGCUCAUCAAAUCAGAUACUUUUGAACGGUUUCCUCUUAUGGCAAUUCUGAGAAAUCUUAAAUGACCAAAAGGGGGUACCUAUAUUCACACCAAAAGUCAUUACCAGCAGAGCAGUGGGGUUGACCAUCUAUGCCUGGAAACGAAGUUGGAGACAGGGUCCACAAUUUCUUUGGCCAAGAAAAUUUGUAUCAGGGCCAGCAUCAGUCACAGGCUGCUGAUGGAAGCUGGGCUGGUCUUAAUAAUAAUCUAUGGGUUAGAAACCAGAGAGAGAUUAAUUCUCCUUUUAUUGCAAAUUUGAAGAAUUAUAAUGCACACCAACCAGAUUCUGGAGGAGUGGGCCAGCCGUCUCAUUCGCUUCAUGGUUUGAACUUCUCUCAAUCAUAUAUAAAUUCCGAGAUAGGAAGAAGCGAGUCUCAAAAUCAACAACAAGCUCUGAAUGGUUAUGCAGCCGGCCAACAACUUUUCCAUCCAAGGCAAAUUGAAGCAAACUUUUUAGGUGCAGAUGCAGUAUCUGAUAGGCAUUUAACAUCCAGAGGCCUAUCUAUUCAUGAAGCACAACAAGUGAAUAAUCCUGAACUGAGCAAGAAAAAUGUAGCUAGGUUGGAAACUACUGAUUCUCCUGUAAAUUUUGAUUUUUUUGGGGGUCAACAGCAAUUGAGUGGCAGAAAUCCCAGUGUUUCACAGAUUUUGCCUAAGCAGCAGCUUGGGAAUCCUGACAUGCAGCUUCUGCAACAACAAGCGAUGUUUUCACAUAUACAAGAACUUCAGAGGCAACACCAAUAUCAACAGCAGGAAGCAAGACAACAUGGUUCGAUGAAUCAGAUUAGCUCAAAGCCGGGAGCAGGAAACCAUUCAGCUGCGCUGAUUGAUGGUAUUCCUGUUAAUGAAUUAUCUACCUCUCCUUGGCAACCUGAGCAUAUGGGGAGUAAUACAAACUCGUUGCAGCAUAGUUUGUCUACACCAAUGCAGGGUCCCUCCAGUGGAUUUGUUUUUCCUUCAGAGCAGCAACAAGCACUGCGCAUGAUGGGUUUAAUUCCGGAACAAGUUGAUCAAUCUUUGUAUGGUGUUCCUAUUUCUUCUGCAAGUAGUUUUCUAGGUUCAAAUUCUCUCAUUCCAACAGAUAAACCUGCUAUGCAGCAGCUAUCUGUUAGUAACAACCCUGUUUCAGGGAGCCAUUAUACUGCAUACCCAGAUCAGGUUAGCAUGCAAGAUGGAAUGGUUGUGAGACAGGAUUUCCAGGGGAAAAGUAUGUUUGGGAUGUCUGCUAGUCAAGGUCUAAAUGGUGGAUUAAAUUCUGAAAAUUCUCAGCAUGUGAAUCUCCAACAUAGGCAUGCAUCUAUGCAGGAGUUUAGUGGCAGACAAGAGUUUGAUGGUCGAUCUGAACUGUCACAGGAGAAGACAAUGGCACAGAUUGCUCCGUCGCAGAAUGUGGCUACGUUAGAUCCCACUGAGGAGAAGAUUUUGUAUGGUUCGGAUGACAACUUGUGGGAUGCUUUUGGUCGGAGCGAUAAUAUUACUGCAGGUGGUUACAGCAUGGCAGAUGGUAGUGAUUUUAAUUCUGGAUAUUCCUUUUUACAGAGUGGAAGUUGGAGUGCUCUGAUGCAGUCAGCUGUAGCAGAAACUUCAAGUGGGGAUAUGGGCGUUCAAGAAGGUUGGGGUGGUGUAAACUUCAAUAAUAGUGGGCCUCCCAAUGGAAAUCAGCAGCAUUCAGAAGCUAAUGACAGUGGAAAACUUCAACCGGUUUGGGUUGAUAACAACUUGCAGACUUUAAAUGCUAGACAUGCUUCUGUCUCUGCCGAGGCUAAUAGUAAGCCCAACAAUUAUAUAAACUCAGCCAAUGUCCCUUCAUUUCAACAACCUGGACAGAAAUCAUUCUUUCAACAAACUGAAAGCUUUCAGAACAGUAGUGCCCAAAAUUCAACCCCUUCGUCAUUGGAAGGUGAAAGAAAGUGGGUAGAUCGAAAUCUGCAACCGAAGUCACAUGCUGAAGGUCGGAAUUUAUCUGAAAAUGAAGGUAAUACCUCAGGUGUGGAAAUCAACGCAAAUAAUUUGUCAGGUUCUUGGCUCCGUCAACAGAGUGUGGCCACUUAUAAUAGCCAACCAAGUAAGCCUAAUGGUUGGAGCUAUAUUGAACCGAUGUUCUCCCAUGAAGGUAACAAUAUGAAAAAUCAUGAGAACCAUAACAUGUCACAAUCUUCUCAGGGUGAUCAUAAGCGAUCUAUACGUGAAGAGAUGGGCUCUUCUGCUAUCUUCAAGCAAAACCACGAUUCAAUUUCCAACCCAAAUGAUGAAUUGCAGCAUGCAAAUCAUGCUGUUGAGAACACACAGGUGUACAAUGAAGGUUCUAAUUUAAUGAAUAAUGCUGCCAUAGCCAAUGCUAGCAGUUUAAGAGAUGACCUAGGAAACAGGCAACAAAAUCCAGUUAAUCGUAACCUUUCCUUUUGGAAAGAUGCUAAUUCUUCAAUGGACCUAAAAGAAAGUGGUUUUAUGGCAAAAUACCAGCAUCAUAUUGAUAAGGGGUCUCAAAUAUUGGAAUCUGGGAACAGUUGUCUAGAAAAGGGUGCUACUGAAAUGAAUGAGGUUGAAAAUUCAAAUGCUAGUGAUACACACACUUCUUCUGGAAGCAAACAAAAAGGAGGUAAUACCAUUCGGAAGCCAUCUGUAACGUCUCGAAGAUUCCAGUACCAUCCAAUGGGGAAUUUAGAAAUGGAUGUGGAACCUUCUUUUGGAACAAGUCAUGUUACACAAGCACAGGCUCAUGUGCAGCAGAACUCUCAUGGAUUUAAAGGCGGUGAGCCGAGUAAUCUUAGGCAAUCCAAAUCUGGAACAGAGGGGAAUGCUAUUGAAGUUGAAAAGAGUGAAAUGAGAGCCUUUGGAGAUUUACCUUCUAAAAGAAUGCUUCCACCUUUUGGAUCUCGUUUUUCUUCUUCUUUGGACAAACUUGCUGGUCACGAUCCACGAAAUGUGGCAUUCCCACCAAGCCAAAAUAUGCUCGAGCUUCUUCACAAAGUGGAUCAACCAAGAGAACAUAACAAUGCAACACGUAGUCCCUCUUACCGAAAUCAUUCUUCAGAAAUGGGUGAAGCAGAAACUUCUGAGGGAUCAGUUGGUCAAACACCACGAAAUCAGUCGUCUGAUUCUCAAGUUUUUGGUUUGCAACUGGGUCCCCCACAACGAUUGUCCAUGCAAGAUGCUGCUUUAUCUUCUCAUUCCUCCUUGCCCAUGGUUAUGAAUUCAACACAUUCUACUUCUGAAUCAGGAGAACGUGGCCAUCUGUUGUUGCCUCCUGUAGCCUCUAAACAGAGGGAUUUGAGAAAUAAUAUAACUGGGCCUUCCGGACAUAAUGUCAAUAAAAUCCCUCAUAUGAAUGCUCCAGGAAACUUGGCUGCAGCUUCUCAAUCUGCCUUUCCUUAUCCUAGAAGUCAUCUUCAAAAUCAGCACCUUGUUGCCAAUCACUCUGCUAAUGUGUUUUCUGAUAGAGUUGGUAUGCAUUCAAAAUAUUUUGAUAACUCUUCUGAGCGAGUUGAAAAUAGUCAUAUGGCGUCGACAGAUAUUUCCAGAAGCGGCCUCCAAAUGAACCUAGUUUCUUCUGCUGACACAUCUCAGCAAAGUAGUGGCGAUAUAUCUAAUGCCCAAAAUCUCCCCCAGCUUGCGCAGGAAUUGGGUUCUGUGUCUACAUCUCAACAUGCCGCUUUCUCAAAAGUCUCAUCUAAUGAGUGGGCAAAUGUCACAAACCAGAAACAUUCACUACAUGCAGAUUCAUCAAAAGCUGCCUCAGAUUUGUUCAAAUCUCGUAUGCACAUGGACAACGCGGAUAAGAGCUUUUCAGGACAAAAGGAGAUGGACAGUCGAGAGAAAUUGGAACUAGAGGCUAUGGCCCAUGGUGAAAAUUCCGUCAAUCUGCAAAACAUUAUUGGGAGAGAAAAGCAAAUGCAAGAAAGCCCUGGCAAGCAAAUUUCAGGUGGGAAGAGUGAAAUUUCCCCGCAGGCCACAACUGCAUCAGGUGGUCUGGAAUCUGCUGGACAUCACUCAUUAGGUGCAUCUCCAUCAAAUUCCAUGGGUACUCGAGGAAAUAUUGAGACUGUUGGUCAUUCUAUGCAUCCAAAUAUUAAUUCGCAGCAGCAUCACACAUUACUGCAUCAAAUGCAGGCUGUGAAAAAUGCAGAUAAUGACCCGACUAACAGGAGUGGUAAGAGAUUUAAGGGUUCGGAUUGUGGUUUAGAUUCUCAGCAAGUUGCAAUGGAUGGGGGCCAACUUUUACCGCGUGGACACAGUAAUGCUGUCAGAGAGUCCUUGCUUAACCAUGCUUCCAUUUCUCAUGUAGAUGCAGCAGCGGUUAAUUUUUCAUCAAAGAAGGGGGAUGCCUACAUAUCAUCUAGUAGUGACAUUGCAUCUUCUGUGAGAAGCGAGCAUUCUCAAAUCAGUCCUCAGAUGGCACCAUCUUGGUUUGAUCAAUACGGAACCUUCAAAAAUGGACAAACUUUAACAGUAUUUCCUGGAUCUAAAAAUGCAACCAUAAAGCCACCUUUGGAUCAACCUUUGAUUGUUGAAAGGGGCCCUGAUUUCAAUGCUCAAAAUUCUGUGAAGCCAGCAAAUUCUUCCGCUGAUGGUAGUGAGCACAAUAAUGCACGGGAAAUUUCAACUCUCAUGUCGAUAGAACACAGAAAUUUCUCAGCAGGUCAACCUUUGCCCCUUGAUUUCAUUAAUCAAAGUUUGGCUGCUGCAAGACCAAAAAAGCGCAAAAGCUCUGCACCUGAACUGUUAUCAUGGAAUGCAGAAAUGACACAGAGCUUUAGACGGCUGCAUGAUAUAAGCAUGGCAGAUGUUGACUGGGCUCAGGCAACCAAUCGGCUGAUUGAGAAGAGAGAAGAUGAAGUUGAAAUGAUCGACGAUGGAAUAAUGAUGAAAUUGAAGAGGAGGCUUAACUUGACCACACAGCUUGUACAACAACUCCUUCGUCCUCCUCCUUCUGCAACUCUCUCUUCAGAUGCCAGUUUACAUUAUGAGAGUGUGGCUUAUCUUGUUGCGAGGCUAGCAUUAGGGGAUGCUUGUAAUAUAGUUUCUUUCACAGGAACUGACAAUGCGGUCCAUCCAGAAAGCAGAGAUCCCCUUCCUGACAGACCUAAGGUACCGGGGAAAUCUGAUGUUCACAAAAUUAUUGAAGUUGUGGAGGAGUUCACGAAACGGGGACAGAAGAUGGAAGAUGAUUUACUGAGGGUGGAGAAAAGAGCUUCAAUCUUAGAUUUGAGAGUGGAAUGCCAGGAUCUCGAAAAGUUCUCUGUUAUCAAUCGGUUUGCCAAGUUCCAUAGCCGAGGACAAGUUGAUGGAGGUGAGGCCUCAUCAUCCUCUGAUUUAACCGCAAGUUCUCAGAAAUCUUGCCCCCAGAGAUAUGUUACUGCACUUCCCCUUCCUAGAAAUCUUCCUGACAGGGUACAAUGUCUUUCACUUUAAUUAUUAAUUGAUUGAUUUUGUUCACGUCGGCCAAUUAUCUCUACAUCCCUAAUGCUUCUCUGGUCGAUUUUCUUUCAACUUAAGUCAAUAUGCUUCACAAAUAGAACCAUACAAAUGGGAAUGUCAGAGAGAAAUGAUUUCUAAGUUAUCUCCUUGAAAUCGAUUGAGGAUGUUAGAUAUGUUCAAGUUAGGUCAUCAAUGUCAUUUUGAGUAAUAUAAAUAGGUCCCUUCACACUUAAAUGUACAAAAGAAAUUGCAAUGCUCUGUCUUUCUCCUUUUUUCCUUUUUUCUUUCCUGCAAACGGGAGGGCAGAAGAAGUGCGGUUGUUUUCCAGAAGUCUCCAUGCUUCGCUAAACCCAGGUAUUAAUUGUACUUGUAUGGGUUUUUAUAUUCAAUGAUUUAAGCUUUAGCCUUUCUCAUUUAGGAAAAAAGAAAAUGAGUGUUAGAUGUGGAGGCACAGAGUUGGGCUCGAAGUUAGUGUGCUGAUAUUUCAAUUUACAGAUUAUUUGGCCGUUACAUGUAAAAAUUGUAAAUCUUUAUCAGUAUUUUAGCUGAAGUAAUAAAAUUUUUUUUAUCAA